AUGCCCGAGACUUUCGAGUUCCAGGCUGAGAUCUCUCAGCUGCUCUCGCUGAUCAUCAACACUGUCUACUCCAACAAGGAGAUUUUCCUGCGUGAGCUGAUCUCCAACGCCUCCGAUGCGCUGGACAAGAUCCGCUACGAGUCCCUCUCGGACCCCUCCAAGUUGGACUCCCACAAGGACCUCCGCAUUGAUAUCAUCCCCGACAAGGAGAACAAGACCCUCACCAUCCGUGAUACCGGUAUUGGUAUGACCAAGGCUGACCUCAUCAACAACCUGGGAACAAUUGCCCGCUCCGGUACCAAGCAGUUCAUGGAGGCCCUCUCCGCCGGUGCUGAUAUCUCCAUGAUUGGUCAGUUCGGUGUUGGUUUCUACUCUGCCUACCUCGUCGCCGACAAGGUCACCUUCAUCUCCAAGCACAACGAUGAUGAGCAGUACGUCUGGGAGUCCGCCGCCGGUGGUACCUUCACCCUGACCCAGGACACCGAGGGCGAGCAGCUCGGCCGCGGUUCCAAGAUCAUUCUUCACCUGAAAGAUGAGCAGAUGGACUACCUCAACGAGGCCCGCAUCAAGGAGGUUGUCCGCAAGCACUCCGAGUUCAUCUCCUACCCCAUCUACCUCCACGUCCUGAAGGAGACCGAGAAGGAGGUUCCCGACGAGGAUGCUGAGGAGUCCAAGGAGGAGGAGGGUGACGAGAAGAAGCCCAAGGUCGAGGAGGUCGACGAGGAGGAGGAGAAGAAGGAGAAGAAGACCAAGACCGUCAAGGAGUCCAAGAUCGAGGAGGAGGAGCUGAACAAGACCAAGCCCAUCUGGACCCGCAACCCCUCCGACAUCACCCAGGAGGAGUAUGCCUCUUUCUACAAGUCCCUCUCCAACGACUGGGAGGACCACCUCGCUGUCAAGCACUUCUCCGUUGAGGGUCAGCUCGAGUUCCGUGCCAUCCUCUUCGUCCCCAAGCGUGCUCCCUUCGAUCUCUUCGAGACCAAGAAGACCAAGAACAACAUCAAGCUCUACGUUCGCCGUGUCUUCAUCACUGACGAUGCCACCGACCUCAUCCCCGAGUGGCUCAGCUUCGUCAAGGGUGUUGUCGACUCUGAGGAUCUGCCCCUGAACUUGUCCCGUGAGACUCUCCAGCAGAACAAGAUCAUGAAGGUCAUCAAGAAGAACAUUGUCAAGAAGACCCUCGAGCUCUUCCAGGAGAUCGCCGAGGACCGUGAGCAGUUCGAGAAGUUCUACUCUGCCUUCAGCAAGAACAUCAAGCUCGGUAUCCACGAGGACGCUCAGAACCGCCCCGCUCUGGCCAAGCUGCUCCGCUACCAGUCCACCAAGUCCGGUGAUGAGAACACCUCCCUCACCGACUACAUCACUCGCAUGCCUGAGCACCAGAAGAACAUCUACUACAUCACUGGCGAGUCCAUCAAGGCCGUUUCCCAGUCUCCCUUCCUGGACACCCUCAAGCAGAAGAACUUUGAGGUUCUGUUCCUCGUUGACCCCAUUGAUGAGUACGCCUUCACCCAGCUGAAGGAGUUCGAUGGCAAGAAGCUCGUCGACAUCACCAAGGACUUUGAGCUCGAGGAGACCGACGAGGAGAAGGCCGAGCGUGAGAAGGAGGAGAAGGAGUACGAGGACCUUGCCAAGGCUCUCAAGAACAUUCUCGGCGAGAAGGUUGAGAAGGUCGUUGUCUCCCACAAACUCAUGGGUGCCCCCUGCGCCAUCCGUACCGGCCAGUUCGGUUGGUCCGCCAACAUGGAGCGUAUCAUGAAGGCCCAGGCCCUCCGUGACACCUCCAUGUCCUCCUACAUGUCUUCCAAGAAGACCUUUGAGAUCUCCCCCAAGUCCAGCAUCAUCAAGGAGCUCAAGAAGAAGGUUGAGGCUGACGGUGAGAACGACCGCACCGUCAAGUCUAUCACCCAGCUGCUCUUCGAGACCUCCCUGCUGGUUUCCGGAUUCACUAUUGAGGAGCCCGCCAGCUUCGCCGAGCGUAUCCACAAGCUCGUCUCCCUUGGUCUGAACAUCGAUGAGGAGGCCGAGACUGUUGAUGAGAAGGCCACCGAGGCUGCCGCCCCGGCGGAGGCUACCGGUGAGUCUGCCAUGGAGGAGGUUGACUAA